CUGCCCACCUCUGAUGCACAUUCUGCCUCUUCUUCCUCCUCCUCCUCCUCCUCCUCCUCCUCCUCCUCUUCUUCCCACCUAUCUGCCUCUGCAGGGGAGUCAAGCCAGGAGCUGGGCCCCCCUCCGUCGGUGGAUGAGGCGGCCAACACAUUGAUGACGCGGCUGGGUUUCCUUCUGGGAGACAAAGUGAGUGAGGGGCCAGCCGGUACCCAGUACAGCAUGGAGGAACCCGAGGCGAGACAGGGCCAGAACCAGAGGAUCAGCCCCUGCUCCACCCUGACCAGCAGCACUGCCUCCCCACCUGCGGGCAGCCCCUGCUCCACCCUCCCCACCGCCAUGCCCGGCCAGGCCGGCAACAGGGACUGCGCCUACGGGUCGGUCACCAGUCCCACCUCGACGCUGGAGAGCAGGGACAGUGGAAUCAUCGCCACUCUGACCAGCUACUCGGAGAACAUGGAGCGAGGCGGCAAGUACGGCGAGGGUUCCCGGGGGAACCUCAAGCUGUGGCAGUCUCAGAAAUCAGGCAUGGACUCGUUCCUGUACAGGGUGGACGAAAACAUGACCGCCUCCACCUACAGCCUCAACAAAAUCCCCGAGCGAAACCUGGAGAGCAUGUCCUCCCAUUCCGCCCACUCUAUCCCUUUGUACCUCAUGCCCCGCCCUAACUCUGUGGCUGCUACGAGUUCGGCCCACCUGGAGGACCUGGCCUACCUGGAUGAGCAGAGGCACGCCCCCCUGCGCACCUCGCUGCGCAUGCCGCGGCAGAGCACCACCUGCGGGCCGGGCCGCUCCGGGCCGGACCUGAGAGCUCCAAAAUCCUACCUUGCACUCGCACAGCGAAUCGUGCAGGGGCUUCCCAGAAAGCCUGUGUUUCAGGACCCGGGUGCAGACUUCCAGAGCGGUGGAAGACCGUGGGUGGCGCAUUGGUCAGGUGCUUCCGCAAAUAACGCCCAUGCCUGGCAAUCCCAGUCACUGCGUUUUGCACCCUAUCGGCCCCAAGACAUCGCUCUCAAACCGCUGCUGUUCGAGGUGCCCAGCAUCACCAUGGACUCCGUCUUCACCGGCCGCGAGUGGCUCUUCCAAGAGAUCGACGGCCACCUCAACAGCCCCAACUCCAGCACCAACCAGGGCGUCGUGAUCGUGGGCAAUAUCGGCUUCGGCAAAACGGCCAUCAUCUCUCGCCUGGUGGCGCUCAGCUGCCACGGCACCCGGAUGAGGCAGAUUGCCUCCGACAGCCCUCAAGCCUCCCCCAAACACGGAGAGGGGCUUCCUCUCACCCAGCCCCAGCCUACGCACGGCACCCUCGGAGGAGGCAGCUGUCCAGGAACCCCUGAGAUGAGGCGACGGCAGGAGGAGGGCAUGAGGAGGCUGGCGUCUCAGGUGGUGGCGUACCACUACUGCCAGGCGGACAACGCCUACACCUGCCUGGUGCCGGAGUUCGUGCACAACGUGGCGGCCCUGCUGUGCCGCUCGCCGCACCUGGUGGCCUACAGGGAGCAGCUGCUGAGGGAGCCCCACCUGCAGGGCACCCUGAGCCUGCGCUCCUGCGUCCAGGACCCCCUGGCCUCUUUCAGGAAGGGGGUCCUGGAGCCUCUGGACGCACUUUACAAAGAGAGGAAGAUCAACUCUGAAGAAGAUCUCAUUAUCCUCAUCGACGGCCUCAACGAGGCAGAGUUCCACAAGCCGGACUAUGGGGACACCAUUGUGUCCUUCCUCACCAAAACCAUCAACAAGUUCCCUCCCUGGCUUAAGCUGGUGGUCACAGUCAGAACCACGUUACAGGAGAUCACCAGCACGCUGCCCUUUCACCGGAUCUCUCUGGACAGCCUGGAGGAGAACGACGCCAUAGACCAGGACCUGCAGGGCUACAUCCUGCACCGCAUCCACAGCAGCCCGGAGAUCCAGAACAACAUCUCGCUCAACGGGAAGAUGGACAACACCACCUUCGGCAAGCUCAGCGCCCACCUGAAGGCCCUGAGUCAGGGAUCCUAUCUGUACCUCAAACUCACCUUUGACCUCAUUGAGAAGGGCUACCUUGUCCUCAAAAGUUCAAGCUACAAGGUUGUUCCGGUCAACCUGGCCGAGGUGUACCUGCUGCAGUGCAACAUGCGCUUCCCCACGCAGUCGUCGUUUGAGCGGGCGCUGCCGCUGCUCAACGUGGCCGUGGCCUCGCUCCACCCGCUCAACGACGAGCAGAUUUAUCAGGCCAUCAACGCCGGCUCGCUGCAGGGCACCCUGGACUGGGAGGACUUCCAGCAACGUGUGGACAACCUGUCUGUUUUCCUCGUGAAGAGGAGGGACGGCACCCGGAUGUUUGUUCACCCGUCCUUUAGAGAGUGGCUGAUCUGGAGAGAGGAGGGAGAAAAGACAAAGUUCCUCUGCGAUCCGAGGAGUGGGCACACCCUAUUGGCCUUCUGGUUCUCUCGCCAGGAGAACAAGCUGAACAGACAGCAGACUAUUGAGCUGGGCCAUCACAUCCUCAAAGCACAUAUCUUCAAGGGUCUGAGCAAAAGAGUCGGCGUUUCCUCAUCUAUCUUGCAAGGCCUGUGGGUUUCCUACAGUACGGAGGGCCUUUCAGCGGCGCUUUCUUCACUCCGAAAUCUCUACACGCCCAACAUCAAGGUGAGCCGGCUGCUGAUGCUGGGCGGCGCCAACGUCAACUACCGCACGGAGGUGCUGAACAACGCCCCCGUCCUGUGCGUCCACUCGCACCUGGGUUACAUGGACAUGGUGGCGCUGCUGCUGGAGUUCGGGGCCUCCGUGGACGCCCAGUCGGAAAGCGGCCUGGCGCCGCUGGGCUACGCCGCCGCCGGCGGUCACAUGGCCAUCGUCACCGCUCUCUGUCGCAGGAGGGCAAAGGUGGAUCACCUGGAUAAAAACGGCCAGUGCGCUCUGGUCCACGCGGCCCUCAGGGGCCACAUGGAGGUGGUGAAGUUCCUCAUACAGUGUGACUGGAGCAUGGGGUCACACCAGCAGCAGCAGUCACCGCAGAGCCAGCAGCAGCAGGCCUUCAGCAAGAGCCACGCGGUCCAGCAAGCCCUCAUUGCUGCGGCCAGUAUGGGAUACACGGAGAUUGUAUCUUAUCUGCUGGAUCUGCCUGAGAAAGAUGAAGAAGAGGUGGAACGGGCACAGAUCAAUAACUUUGACACCCUCUGGGGAGAGACAGGAGUGGGGACCAUGUGUGGCGCCGCGAGGCAGAGCGCUGCAGUGCGGAUGGGAGCCAUUGCUCUUGUGUGUCGGCUGCUGCUGCGUCAGAUGCAGAUGACAGUGCAGUGGUGUGACUGGAGCACGUUCGGGGCUGGGCUCAAACAGGACAGGGGGGGGGCUCUGACCGCGGCCUCCGGUCGGGGGAAGCUGGAGGUGUGCCGCCUGCUGCUGGAGCAGGGAGCGGCCGUGGCUCAGCCCAACAGGCGGGGCAUCGUCCCCCUCUUCAGCGCCGUCAGACAGGGCCACUGGCAGAUUGUAGACCUCCUGCUGACUCACGGAGCAGAUGUCAACCUGGCUGACAAACAGGGCCGGACGCCCCUGAUGAUGGCUGCCUCGGAGGGUCACCUGGGAACGGUCGAGUUUUUACUAGCGCAAGGAGCCUCGCUGUCUCAGAUGGAUAAAGAGGGUCUGACCGCUCUGAGCUGGGCCUGUCUGAAAGGACAUUUACCUGUGGUCCGCUGUCUGGUGGAGAGCGGGGCUGCCACUGACCACGCAGACAAGAACGGACGCACGCCCCUGGACCUGGCAGCUUUCUACGGUGACUCUGAAGUGGUCCAGUUUUUGGUGGAUCACGGGGCCAUGAUAGAGCACGUGGACUACAGUGGGAUGCGUCCUCUGGACAGGGCGGUGGGCUGCAGAAAUACAUCGGUGGUGGUCGCUCUGCUCAAGAAAGGCGCCAAAAUAGGAUGUCAGACGCUGCCCAGUCGGCCCCGAGGUCCAGCCACGUGGGCCAUGGCCACCUCCAAACCCGACAUCAUGAUCAUCUUGCUGAGUAAGCUCAUCGAGGAGGGGGACAGCUUUUACAAGAAGGGGAAGGUGAAAGAGGCCGCGCAGCGUUACCAGUAUGCUCUCAAAAAAUUUCCACGCGAAGGCUUCAGCGAGGACCUCAAGACUUUCAGGGAACUCAAAGUAUCGCUCUUCCUCAACCUGUCCCGAUGUCGGAGGAAAAUGAACGACUUUGGGAUGGCUGAGGAAUUCGCUACUAAGGCCCUUGAACUGAAACCAAAUUCUUAUGAGGCAUUUUACGCCAGGGCCCGCGCUAAACGUAGCAGCAGACAAUUUCCUGAAGCCUUAGAGGACCUGAAUGAAGCCAUAAAGCAGUGCCCCAAUAACCGAGAGAUCCAGCGGCUGCUCCAGCGGGUGGAGGACGAAUGCCAUCAGCUCAGUCAGGAGGAGCACCAGCAGACGGAUCUGGAGCUGGAGCCUCCUCCCUCCCCUCCGCCCACGCCUCCUGCGGACGAGGAGGAAUCCCUGUCCCUGUCCAUGCCCCUCCCUCCUCCCCCGGAGCCCCGUCUGGAGGACAUGGAGCCGGUUCAGGACCUGUUUGAGGACGAGCGCUACCUGGAGCAGGAGCUGGAGGCCAUGUCCAUGGGCCUGCCCCCGCCUGACUCUCUCAGCAAUCUUUCCAGUCUUCCCAUCAUCCAGAGCCCGCCGUUGUCCCCCACGCAUCCGGAUCAGAUUUACUUAGCUGGGGGUUCGCCCAUGGGCCAGCCUUACGAGUACCUGCCCACCUCCUCCUCCAUGUCCUCCCCGACUCGUGGCUCUUACCAGCCCACGUCGCCCUCCCUCUCCCCGACGCAUCACAACUCCCACUACCGCCACAGUCCCCCGCACACCUCCCCGGUGCACCAGGCCUCCUACCGCUUCAGCCCGCCUCCCAUGGGCACGGGGGGUCAGGGGAUGGACCACCAGAGCCCGCCCCCUUCCCCUUUACGGCGGGCCGCCCAGUACAGAGCCAGCCCGCCCAUAGAAGGCGUUUGCCUGUACAGGUCGCAGUCCGGGUCGCCCGUGCGCUACCAGACCGAGCAGCACCCGGGCCGGCCCAAGUCCCCGCUCUCCAAGAUGAGCAGCCAGCGCUCGUUCCAGCUCAGCUCGCAGCCCUCGCUCUCCUCCCAGCACCACCAGGCCCAAGGCCUCCGCCUGCAGCCCUCCAUAGCCCAAAUCGUCCGCACAAACCAGCCCAGCAACAUGAUGGGCAACAGCAGCUUCGUGGGCCAGAUGGGUCACUCCAUGGGCGGCCGCUACCAGGGGGGCUCGGUGGACGUGGAGAGCCGCCUGGUGUACCAGCCCUCCCUGGACGGACGGAUGUCCCAGGUCCAGGCCAGCCUCAGCUCUGGGGCCCUCUGUCAGCACGGUGGCCGAGGAGGGGUCAUGGAGUCCAACCUGUUGAAGGAUGAGCUACCCCAGCGCCCCUCCUCUGCCUACCGCGCCAGCAGCGGGGGCCCGGGGGGCGUCCGCUACAGCCAGACGCCCCAGAUCAGUCGCAGCCAGUCCGCCGCCUACUACCCGGUUUCCGAACACGUCCUGGAGCGCGCCAACGCCAUGCCUCCCUGUCAGCUCGGCUCCCCGGAGAUCCCGCACAUGGUGAGACGCCCCGUGAGCGCCAACACCAACGAGAUGAAGCAGCACGUGCCCACCCCCAGGCCCCUCAUCCACUCCCAGAGCGUGGGCCUGCGGUUCUCCCCCUCGAGCAACAACAUCUCCACCGGAUCCACGUCCAACCUGGCGCCGAACUUCAGGCCCUCCUCGUCCAUCCAGCAGAUGGAGAUCCCCUUGCAACCCACGUACGAGCGCAGCUGUGACGACAUCUCGCCCAUCUCGCCCUCGCAGGGGGGCGGGGGGCUGUAUCAGGGCGAGGCCACCCGCUCUCGGAACACGCCUUUCAUGGGCAUCAUAGACAAGACGGCACGGACUCAGCAGUACCUGCACCAGCCGACCCGGUCCCGAGCCAUGACCUCCAUGGAUUCCGCCAUCAGCCCCACCUCGCCCGGUCAGCUGGUCCAGCAGGGCUCCACCUACAGCCCCCCGGCCUCACUGGGCAACAUCGCGUACUACAACAAGACCAACAACGCCCAGAACGGACACCUACUGGAAGAGGACUACUACUCCCAGACCCAGCCGCCCUCCCUGGGGAAGCUGGCCAACGGCUCGCGGGGGAGCGGCGACAUUCUGGAACGGGUCAGCCAGGUUCCCACCUACCCGGACGUGAAGGUGGCGAGGACUCUGCCCGUGUCGCAAGCCUACCAGGACAACAUGUACCGCCAGCUGUCCCGUGACUCGCGGACCCAAGGCCCCACGUCCCCCAUCAAACCAAAGAGACCAUUUGUGGAGUCGAAUGUGUGA